AUGUCCCCACUCGCAGCGAUAGCACUUAAGUCAACCAUCAAGCCAACCAUAGCUUGUUGUCUUGCCAUCAAGACACGCCUUGUCCAGCUCGUACUUUCUUCUCUAGUCCUUAUGUUUCCUUCCACAAUCCUGGCCCUAAUGCUAUGGCCACGGCUCUUGAGAGCCUCAAGGGCCAACACCGUUUUAAAUUAUCUCAACAGUGCUGAAGACGUCUUCUGUCUGCUCGACCCUAACUUGACCCACCUCACACCCCCUUGUACUUCGCCAUGGCACCAGGCUCUGCCUCAACUACGUCGCAUCAUCGUGCCGGCAGUUCGACAAGCCCAUCAGCAUCACUUGGCCAGACAACAUAAAAUGCUGUCUCGCGUUGCUACGGCCUAUUGA